ACGUGGCCCCCACCCCUGGCGGUUGCCCUGGAGACGUGGCUGUUUACCAGCUGCACCAAGCCGGGCGCCCGCGGCGGAGGCGGAUGGAGCGGAGCUGCGAGGGGUCCUGAGAAGCAAUGGCCACAGAAGCCCCUGUGAACAUAGCAACACCUGAACGCAGUACUGUUGCCGGCACAGCUGCUGACAGCUUCAGUUGGCAGCCAGACUCACUAAAGAUGCACCUCAUCAGGCCCAAGUCUGCCAAGGGCCGGACAAGGCCACGUCUCCACAAACCACAGGGCACAGAGGAGUGUGCUCACCAUACACUUCCCUCUCCACCUCCAGCCAAUCCCAGUGAGUCACCAGGCAGCCAGAAACUAGGAGCCUGUGCGCCCACACUGCCAGCUCAGGGAGCCGCUGGUGAGAUCCCUGAGCGGCUACACCAAGUGCCCAUUGGGGCUUCCUCUUCUCUCAAUAAAUACCCGGUCCUUCCUUCCAUCAACAGAAGAAGCCUGGAGGAGGGAGCUGUGGACACAGUAGCUAGAAAGGCCUGCUCGCCACAGCGGAGCAGCAUCCAGGCACGCUACCAAGAGGGGCCCUGCUCUAUGAAGACAAGCAAAGAAGAUUCCAGUGCUCAAGCUCAAGUUUGUGCCCUGGAGAGGAAAUUCAUCCUCCGCACCAAGAGGCAGGGCACCGCUGGGGCUGGAAACCUGGAGGAACCCUCAGAACAAGAACCCAGGCUGCUGCUCGCUGUCAGGUCACCAUCGGGCCAAAGGUUUGUCCGCCAUUUCCGGCCAACUGAUGACCUGCAAACGGUGGUUGCUGUGGCUGAGCAGAAGAACAAAGCCACCUAUGGACACUGCAGCAUUGAAACAAUGGAGGUGCCCAGGAGACGGUUCUCUGAUCUCACCAAGUCUCUGCAGGAGUGCGGGAUCCCACACAUGUCGGUGCUGGGCAUCUCACAGGAAGAGGGAGAGCGGUGGCCCUGAGUCCACGGCACCCUACCGGAGCCCUGGGUCUCUGAGCAAGGAGCACGCUUGGGUGCUGAGGCCUCCCAGGAAGCCUGGUUCUAAGUGCCAUGUGAGCCUGGUGCAGCUGUGCCCCUUGGCCUUGAGUCCACAGAGUGUCCUCUGAGGCCGUGACACCUGCACCUGUGCAGAGUGCGCUGGGAGGACUCUCAGCCAUUCAUCCAGUUCACCCCCAGGGCCACCGGUGGGGACCAAGGCUCUUCCUGAGACAGCUGCGGCCAGGCCUUCUCCCUCCCACAGUGUUGGGACCUUCCAAGACAGCGGUCCUCUCUGGAGCACCUGCCUCCCUUACAAUGAACUGUGAUUCUUGAAGCCAGUGGUUUGUCUUUCUGUAUUUGACCAGGAUUAAACACUUUCAAGAGAGGAUUCUAGUCUGGUAAAUAACUAGGAUUUAAGGGAUUUGUAUUUUUCACAAGUGUCUUUAAGAAACAGGCCGUUAACCCUAUCUUCCCUUCUGCAUAAUCUCUUGGGGAUUCCUGUUUGAGGUGACAUCAAGGGAAAGAAUAGUUCUUCAGCUAAUACAAAGCUUCCAACAUUUUUCUAAAACAGUCCUGGAACUGAAAGGUAGGUUGCUCAUCUGGCUGUGGAUACAUUUUCAUAGACACUGACCAGGUUUGUAGCUUUUGGCUGUUCUUCUUUGUAUGCAAAAUUCUUCUAAAACCAAGACAAGUUGGUGUGACCUGAUUCCUUUACUUCUGUCUGUAAAGAAAUCAUUUGUUUUCAAAAUAUACAAACCUACAAGUCUGUAUGAGUUUGUACUAAGGGCCCCGUGGCCUACCUGGGUGUAGGUAAAUUAUUUUACUCCCUAUUUUGGUGACUGGCCUGCCUCAGACGUAGAAGAUUCUUUCCAUAGUGACAAAAGCACCCUGUGGUCUGAUUUUAAAUACUCUGUGGGAGGAGGAGGGCACCCCUCUGGCCUAGUUUGCUGUCCUAUGUGAGGCCAGGACCGCGCAGCUGCUCGCUGGCAUGGAGUGCAUCUGACCACCUUGGCCUUAGUUGCCCUGAAGACUGUGGAGCCUUAUUUUUCCAACUGUGAAGUGAAAGUGUAGAAAAUUUGCCAAAGUGCUCCCACAACUCAUCUGGAGGCCAAAUUGCCAUUGAGAGUAGGCAACCCUCGGACCUUCUGGGCAUCUUUUCCUGCCUGCCCCAGAGCACAACCAUCACAAAGCCCUGGGCACUGGUACAUGCUCCUACCUCCUAGGUAGGCAGAGAAGGCAGCCAUCAGGAGUUCUAGAAGCACAUAAAUGUUGCUACCUCAGCAGCAGAGGCAUUUUGCGCAUAGAUAAGACCAAUGGUUAGAAAUAUUCUCAAACACUGGUGAUGCCUUGGUGAUGGCAAUUACCACCACAUGGUUUGCUCUGAAAAAGGUCCCCCUGUCCCAGCUGCACCCCACCCCCAGAUCACUCUAGAAUAGGUUACUUCUGAAUGUUUGCAAAAUUUCUUAAUACAUCUCACCAAUGCUUGGUCAGUCAGCACUUUGACUGGAAAGAUCAGCAGGGGGUGCAAGGCUGGCUGUGCCUUGGAUAGACCCAUGCAGCUGGCCACCUCUUCCAAUCCCUGACCAUGCAGAAGAGAUGAAUGGCUUGAGGCUGGGAUCUACAAUAGAGGAACUUCACCUUCCCCGGGCACACAAGUGUGUAACUCUGCCUCCGCCCUAGGAGGCUGGAGGAAGAACCACCCAUAAAAUCACGCCCACCUGUGGUAAGAAUAAAAUCCCACCCACCCAUGACUUGCUAAUUUCUCCAGACAGGAAAGCUUUAGAAAACUUGGGGGAAAUGGAACCUGGUUGAAAGAGUCAGAGUCUCCUGUUCUUAGGAGUUUUCUUGUGGCAUGGAGUUUAGAAUUAUGGGGUGAUAAAAACAUGGGAGGCGUGAAGCAGAAACAUUUUAGGAUAUUCUAGGAUAUGCAAAUAAAGCUAGAUUUGAACCAUCAUAAUAAACAGUUUUUGGACAAAAGAUGAUGAUACUAACAAUAAAAACUGAUUUGUGUGAA